AUGGCAAGCAAGAAGAAGGAAGUUCAGCUACAGACAGUAAUAGUCAGUCAAGUGCAAUGGGAAGAAAUGCUGCUGAAUAAAGGUCUAACAGUAGUAGAUGUUUAUCAGGCUUGGUGUGGACCUUGCAAAGCUGUGCUGAGCUUAUUCAGAAAACUAAAAAAUGAAUACGGUGAAGAUAAUCUUCUACAUUUUGCUGUGGCAGAGGCUAAUAGCGUCGUGAGUCUGCUCCCGUUUAAAGAUAAAUGUGAACCUGCUUUUAUCUUCUGUGUGAAUGGCAAUAUGAUAGAUAUUGUGAGAGGAGCGAAUGGACCUCUUCUAUGUAAAAAAGUCAUAGAGAUAGUAGAACAAGAGAGAAAAAUUGUAGCAGGAGAAAUGCAAAGACAAGAGUUGCCAGAGCUUAUGUUUAUAGAAGAAAGAGUAUCUGAUGAAGAACCUGAAGAAGAGGAAGCUGAAGAGGAGGAAAAAUACACUGUUGUUAUUAUAAAACCUGAUGCAGUUGCUGAAGGAAAAGUUGAAGAAAUUAAACUAACGAUUACAGAAGCAGGCUUUGUCAUUCUUGCGGAGGAUCUGAAGAUGUUAAGUGAUGAGCAAGUCAGGGAUUUUUAUCAAAACAAAUCAGAAGAGCCUGAAUUUGAAGACUUUGUAUCAUUUAUGCUGUCUGGACCAUGCCAUGUUCUGAUAGUUUCUGAAGGAAAGCAAGCACAUGAGGUUAUGCCUUAUGUUACUGAUUCCCCAACCGUGACCACCCGGGUUGACUCCUCAUCCCACUCUGCCGCCACUGCCCAGGCACUAGUCCUAGACAAACGGGUCCUGGAUGAGAUGAAAUGGCUGCUGGGCCCAGGGACAGCCGCCACCGCCACUUUACUGGGGGGACACUGCGAGCUCUUUCAGGUGUUCACCAUGGCCCCACCACAACCACCCCAGGAAGGAAGGCACUGUCAUUCGCCCCGACAAUGCCUCUGCAAUGUUAUGGCCUGCUUCACUUCUCUGCGUGCCGACAGCAGCGACAAGCUAAGGAGCCGCGUGGCCACUGCGCAGGUGUUACAGGUGGCCAUCUUUCAGAAAGGCCCAGCUGUCGAAAAAACAUUGGCCUUGAUUAGACCUUCUCUCUUGAGGGAAAGAAGAGAGUCUAUUUUAAUGAGGAUUCAGGAUGAUGGCUUUGAGAUAGCAAUGCAAAAGGAAAUAAUCCUAACAGAAGAGCAAGCUCGUAUGUUUUACAAAGAGCAUGAAGAUCAAGAUUAUUUUCCAGUUCUUUUGGAACAAAUGACCAGUGGGCCAACUCUUGCACUUGCUUUGGUACGAGAAAAUGCAAUUCAAAAAUGGAGAGGUUUACUAGGCCCAAAGAUAGUUGAGGAAGCAAAGCAACAAUGCCCAACAAGUUUGCGUGCUGAAUAUGCGAUUGACAGUGCACCUAUCAAUCAGCUGCAUGGCAGCUCAACCAGUGAACAAGCUGUGAAGGAAUUGGAGUUCUUCUUUCCUGUGCAAAACACUUUUGCUGUCAUUAAACCCACUGCUUUUGAGGAGCACAAAGAUGAAAUUAUACAUGAAGUAAAAGAAGCUGGAUUUAUCAUAUCUGAAAUGAAAGAAACCCAAAUAACUCCCGAGAUGGCAGCACAGUUUUAUAAAUCUCAAGAAGGAAAACCCUUUUAUGAUCAGCUUGUGAAUUAUAUGUCUGAAGGUCUAUCAAUGGUCAUGAUUCUAACCAAAGAAAAUGCUGUGGAGGAAUGGCGGCAAUUAAUGGGACCAACAGAUCCAGAAAAAGCAAAAGAAACUCAGCCUGGUUCAUUGCGUGCUAAAUUUGCAAGAGAUAUUAUGCGCAAUGCUGUUCAUGGAUCAUCUAAUCCAGAACAUGCUGUGCAGAGCAUUAAAUUUAUAUUUGGAGAUGUUGAUUUGGAGGACCUAAAACACAAAUAUAUUUAUGUGUAG